AUGUCUGUAUUAGAACGAUACUUGGUUCAUUCCAAAGAAGGAUUUGUUGACUUUCAUUUGGAAGAAUUCAGUGACGAUGAUGAGUCUGAUGAGGAGAAUGAGAACGAAAUAAGAACCAGUAAUAAUAAUCGUAACAAUCAUGCUGCCGAGCUUGACAUUCUGGAGGAAUUGUGCCAUUCUCCAAUUUCCAAUCCACGUUGUUUCAGUAUUGAUGUUGGAGCAUGGGGUAAUGAUGAUACUGUUAAUGAUACUGAUGACCACCAAUAUAUUAAUAAUGCAAUGGUGGAAAGCAUCCAAAGGGUAUUCCAUCAUUUUGCCGAGAAUCAGAUUCUAUGGAAAACCUUGGACUUGCAUUCCGUUCAAGACCAUGCCACGAGAUCGAUUGGUAGGCUGGUCGAAACUUCCAGUCGCUUGAGUUUGUUUCGGGAAAUGGAAAUAUCCAUUGUUUCGUUUGCACAAAAUAUUGACGGCAUUUUCACCGGAAUUGAACAGAACCAACGUUUGGAACUGUUGGAGAUUCAUAUGCAAGGAGACGCCUUUUCCGAGGCGGAUGCAUUCAGUCUGGAACGACUGCUGACGACUACCAAGACGCUACGGACGCUUCGAAUAUGUGGAGUCAUGAACCUUCGUCUUGAAUCACUCGGUCGGGGACUCGCGGCCAACACUACCUUGGACUCUCUGUCCAUUGACCUAUCGUCAGCUGUUGACAACGACUCUCUGAAUACAUUAUUUUCUACCUUGGCAACGCAUCCUUCGCUACAAUUUUUGGAAAUGACGGCCAGCAAUGCCUGCCGUGAGUCUUUUGUCAAGGGUCUCAAUACAUUACUUUCGUUUUCAAAAUCCUUGGAGCACCUUUCGUUGAGCAAUUUCCAUGAAAAUGGAAGGCUUGCAUUGGAGGAAGUAAGUGACGGUUUGCAACAAAGUAGAUCCCUCAAGGUGAUUGAGACUUAUAGCGCUCUUCGUGGCGACACAAACAUGUCGACGAUAUUCCAACUGCUUCCGGAUUGUCCCACAUUGGAACGACUCUACUUUUACGAACAGUGCAUUGAACAGCAAGAUUUGGAGAAACUCAAAAGCAUGAAGAGACUUGACAAACCAGUCACUUUGUUUCUCAGUGCCCACAUUAUCAAUUAUCUAGCCAAAACGAUCCAAGAGGUAUUGCACUGUCAUCCGGAAAUUCAGCUCAUUGCCCACGAUCUUGGAAAGGCGGGCAAGUCUCUCAAACACUUGUGUGAUUUGAACCUCCAUGGAAGGUACCUCUUGGAUCGAAAUGUACCCUUAUCUUUGUGGCCACAUGUACUACAAAAAUGUGCUACCAAGGAAGAUGUACUAUACUUUUUCUUAAAGGGACCAGCGUUCGCGGCAAGAUAG